AUGCUCAACUCAUACAAGACCACAGAUUUCAUUCCCUUCAGCAUUGAAAGUGAACAACUAGGGUGGUUGAGAAAGGAGUUUGCAACAAGACUGCAUUCGCUCCAGCUUGAGACCAAGCAGAAGGUCUUCACCUUCGAGUGGCCCCAGUGCAGUGAAGACGGCUCCUCGUUCAUGCCUGGAAACGUCGGUCUGCACGAGAACCUUCUGUCUGAUCAUCCUCAGCUGCAUGACCGAUCGGCCGCGGUCAACGACAUGGUCUCCUCUGCCUUCAACAAGCCUCCCGCGCUCCUUCUUGAACGGGGUUGCGUCCCGUACUUUGGGGUUGCCGCGUACGGAGUCCACGUGAAUGUACUCGUGAGAGAGGAACGAGGCACGAGCGUGUGGAUCGCCAAGAGGGCUCUUACCAAGGCGACUUACCCGGGGAAACUUGAUCAAUGCGUUGCCGGAGGGCAGCCGCAGGGGCUUUCACUGACCGAGAACGUGGUCAAAGAAUGCGAAGAGGAAGCCGGAAUCCCCCAGCAGGUAGCAGCAACAGCGAGGCCCGUCGGAGCUGUCAGCUACAUGUACGCCACGAACAAGGGCCUGUCUCCCAAGACGCUCUUCUGCUACGAUCUUGAGGUACCUCGAGACUUCGUGCCGAGAGCUCUCGAUGGGGAGGUGGAUUCAUUCCAGAAGAUGCCGAUAGAGGAAGCGAUGCGGUCAGUGGCGGAUCAGGUUGACAUGUGGAAACCCAACUCUGCUCUCGUCAUGAUAGACUUGGCAAUCAGGCACGGAAUUUUGAAUGGCGACGAACCGAACUAUCUGGAAAUCCUUUCCUUACUCCGAAGGAAAGUGUCGUGCAAAGCCAAACACGCAAGAAAGAAGAAAGCUGCUACUUUUGUCACCAAGAUUAUUCUACAAUGCUUCAACAUCACGAUGCUCAAGUAA